GUGUGUGUGUGUGUGAGUGUGUCUCCUCCCUCUGGAGGUGGAAGUGCAGACUGAGUGUCUCUCAGUUCAGAUCUGCUGAGUCCGGAGUAACAGAGCGGAUUAAACUCUCCUCUCGGCCGCGUCCGGAUUCACUCUCCACACUGAGGACGACGAUCCGCUCUCAGCUCAUCACCGCACGGCUUACAGACCAGCUUCACUCGCUCCUGCGGUCACUCUCCCGACUUUGGAAGGAAUAUCGUAUCCUGGCCCUGAAGAAGGUUCUAGCGAGUUGGAUUUCUGGAUUUCAGGAGGUCAUGUCCAUCACCCCGUCCUUCGGCUUCACGCAGGAGCAGGUGGCGUGCGUGUGCGAGGUUCUUCAGCAGGGCGGCAACCUGGAGCGUCUGGGCCGCUUCCUGUGGUCGCUGCCCGCCUGUGAGCACCUCCACAAGAACGAGUCGGUGCUGAAGGCCAAGGCCGUGGUGGCCUUCCACCGGGGCAACUUCAGGGAGCUCUACAAGAUCCUGGAGAGCCACCAGUUCUCGGCACAGAACCACUCCAAGCUGCAGCAGCUUUGGCUGCGGGCGCACUACGCUGAGGCCGAGAGGCUGCGCGGCCGGCCGCUGGGCGCCGUUGGCAAGUAUCGGGUCAGGAGGAAGUUCCCUCUGCCCAGGACCAUCUGGGAUGGCGAGGAGACCAGCUACUGCUUCAAGGAGAAGUCCAGGAGUGUGCUGAGGGACUGGUACACACACAACCCCUACCCCUCGCCCCGGGAGAAGAGGGAGCUGGCCCAGGCCACCGGCCUCAGCACCACACAGGUCAGCAACUGGUUCAAAAACAGGAGGCAGAGGGACCGGGCGGCCGAGGCUAAGGAGAGGGAGGGCAGUGAGAGCAGACCGAGCCGCCUCUCGCCGCUGGACGGAGGAAGAAAGUCUCUCAUGUCCAGCUCUGAGGAGGAUUUUUCCCCACCACAGAGCCCCCGGCACACGCACGCUCCCGAGCCCACCUCUCUGGGCUUCCUCCAGGGGGACGGCAGCCACCCCCCGCUCGGCCUGGGGGUCCAGCAGCAGGGUCAUCCCGUCCAGCUUCAGGACGCUUUACUCGGACCCCUGACGUCCAGCCUGGUGGAGCUGGGCUCUUAGGACGCACCUCCGGAUCUUUACGGAGAAAAAAAACAACUUUCGGUCACUUUCAUGGGGAGCUGCGGCGCAGUGGACGCACUGCAGAGAGAAAACGGGGCGACUGCAAUAAACAGACGAAAGAAGAAAGAGGGCUGGGGGAGACUUUUGUUGUUCCUGAAGGAGAUUUGGGCAUAAAGUUCCACAAACUCGUCAGAAAGGAACUUGUGAAAGAGUGAAAACACUUGGCUGUAUUAUGUACACAAACCUGUGCAAUUACACUUUAUUUAUGUAGUUAUAUUGUUAAUAUUGUCAAAAUAAACAAGAAAUAUAGUCUGGAUGUUUUUACA